UGGAGACCUCACGAGCAUUAGAUGAACACACUCAUUGGGUUGCUUCGUUGAUCUGGUCUGCCCUCUAAGUAACUGAGCCAAAAUGGCACACACACACUCUUGAUGCUAUGCAUCAGACAGACCAAAAAAGGGAUCAAAACACUCACGCACUCACGCAGGCCGCAGGCAGGGGGGCCUCAUUCGACCCUGCAUGCGUCGGACCCACUGACUGCAGAAGCGAUAGAAAGCGCCAAACUGAGCCGCAGAUAAGCAGCAAGCAAACAGGAAAGCAGCUGGGUACCCUCAAGCAAAGCACCCCGGCUCGUCCACCCACCCACGCUGCACAGACACACACCUCUACUGAGACACCACACACAAUGAACGGUUGCUUCGACUGUACACACACGCAAUGUAAUGCACUCACUACCAAAACUGCCCUAUACACACACGCGCACACACACGUGUCACGCACAGUUAUCAUUGUCAUGCCGCAGGUUCCUGAUGCGGCCGUCAGUCGACGGACACACCCUGUAGAACAGCCGGCUGCCGGGGGAGUCCUCCGGGAUCGCACCCAGACUCAGCGACCGGUAGAAGGUCUUGACUGUGUUCUCGGGCAAUGCCACCUGCACAGGCACAGACAGACAGACAGACAGAGGGAAGGCGUGUGUGUGUGCCUGUGUGUGGAGAGGGGUGUCGACCUUGUCGACGCCCAGUUGCGUUUUGAGCCGCUGCGGUGACGACAUGAAUUCAGCCACAUGCUUCUUGGUCUGCAGUGCACACACACACAUGAAAUGAAUGAGAGUGGGCAGGGCAGGCGGGCAGGGGUGUGUGUGUGGGUGGGUGGCUGACCAGUGGGUUGUAAGGUUUUUUGAAUCCGUUGGCCAUGGCGGCCAUGUGGAAGACGUUACGGAUCAUGGUGGGGAGGUAGCCCACCUCCUCGCUGUCAUGCACCACACGACACGACGUGAAGCAGUCGUAACCAUCUCUGCCGUCCUGCCCACACAGAUACACAGCACACAGACACACAGAGAGAUAGCGACACCCACAUGAGUGUGUUGGUGUGUGUGUUGGUAAGUCUGCUUACUUUGAGGUAUUCCUUGGUGCAGAGUGUGUACGUGGCGUCCUCCUGCAGCGCCUCCCACUCGGCCCUCUUGCCACGCUGCACCUGCACACACAAAAAGAGAGGAGAAUGCGCGUGUGUCGACCACAUCUGGGUGCAUGGCUGCCUGCCUGCCUGCCUGCCUGCAUACCAUAACGGUCGAGAACUCCACGCGGCUGCCUGCCGGCUUGGAGGGGUCGAACCCGAACCGAAUGCCGCUCACCUAAACACCGACCGCACCACAGACCCACAACAGGUGUGCAAACAUACAAAGGGAAUAAUGCUCAGUGAGUGGGUGUUGUGCUGACUACCUGUGGGAAUCGGCCCUCAAACCUCGGCACGAGCGAGACGCCGUUCUCGAGCGCGGCGUGCAGCUGCCGGCCGUUGACCUCCAGCACACACAUUUCGUCCAUCAUGGGCAGCAUAGCCACCAGGUCGCGCAAGCGGAAGAGGCCGGGCGGGAAGAGCCGGUCGGACCGGACGGUUCCCGAGUUGAGCAGUGCCAUGUCUGAGUGGGAGUGGUUGCGCAUGAGAUCGCACAGCCAGUUGCCGCAGUUGGUCUCGCCCGUCCGAAUGCGCGAAAACCUAACACGGCCACACACAACCGCGCACACAGGCAGCAUAGCGAAAGGGCUACACACACAGCGGACACACACGUCGACAGGGUACGUUACCUGGUCUCCAGAGGGACGGCCACUUCGCCGAUGACCUUCUGCAUGGACAUGGCCAGCCUCUGCAUUCAGACACACGUGUGCGACAGAUCAUCAUUGCGUCUGUCUGUCUGUCUGUCGGCCGUUUCACGUCACGUACGUCUAAGUGUUUGUCGACGAUCCUGUCGAUGGCGCUGAUGGUGUUGAAGCUCUCCUUGGUCACCUGCAGUGCACACCACAUACCCAUCGAAUCGACACACAGAGAGAGAGGUAAGACCCUCUUGUGCCUCCCUAAAGUAACCGCAUUCUCUCUGAGUGACCCACCCACCUCGAUUUUGUCCCACUCAAUCACGGAGCCGCCGCGGAACCUGAACACACAAACACACACGAGCGCAGACAAUGGUCGCCUCUGUGUGUUCAAAUGCAAUCCUAAUCGACUCACCGUGGCAUGACGACCUGCCCGCCCUUUCUCUCUGACGGCAGCAGGCCUGACUGCUCGCGAGACCCGCACUCGGACGUGCACUGGUUCCACGAGUGCUUGUGGCCGCGAUGGCAGCACGGAGUGUCGUCACUGCACACCACACACACACACACACACACACAGAGAGAGAGAGAGAGAGACACAUGUGGAAGGGGUGAUUGAUUUUGCGUGCGUACGCGUCGCUCUCGUCUGGGUCGAGGCUGUGGUCGAAUGCGUCGCCCACGUUGGGGCUGUCGUCUUCGUGUGUGGUGUCGUCGUUGGUGGGCCGCGGGCUGAUGACGAUCCGCGUCAGCUCGCGGAAGUCGGUCCCACUCUUGGCCACGACCGUCUUGCCGAUGAGUGUGACGCCGUAGUACUCGUGGUCAUGCCCUCCCAGGAUGAGGUCGAUGUCCUGUCCCCCACACACCAUAUGGAUUGGCUGUGUGUGAGUGAGUGUGUGUGUGCAUCGGUUUGGUCGGUGGGCACCUCACCUUUGCUUCCCUCGCGAGCCGUUCGUCGUUGUGCGCCCUCAUGUGUGUGAGGGCGAUGAUCAUGUCCACACCCUUGGAGCGAAACAAACUGCUCAACCUGACAGACAAACACAUGAAUGAAUGACGCACAGAUGGCCGCGCGGCCGCGUGGGUGUGUGCGUACUUGUCGGCCUCUUCGACGAAGUCGGUGUAGUGGACGUCCUCAGGGUCGAUGGUGGCGAGCGUCUCGAGCCACUCCUUCUCUAUUAGACCCAUAAUACCUGCAGUCAACCAACCAACCAAGCCACACACCACACCACACCGCACACAAUCAUUCACACCACAAGCGUGUGUCGCGUAUGUAUUGUGUUUGUCUGUGUUGUUGUGAGGUAGGUGAGCCGACUUAUGUACCGAUUUUGUAUUUGUGCCACUCGAAGAGCCUGUAUCUCGUGCCAUUGCCCAGCGGCUGACUCGCCAGAGGGUCCCACGCGUUGCUGUCAGUCAGCCAAAGCACACAGGCAGCCACGUCCACACACACACACAUAUACACACACACUGUGUGUGCGUGUAUGUGUGUGUGUGUGUGAAGGAGCGUACCUGAUAAGCCACGGGAAGUUGCACGAGCCUGCAGAGCGAUUGGUCGGCAGCACCGACACAGACAGACACGCACAAAGAAGAAUGGAGGGGGGCCAUCGUGGGUGCACCUCUGUCUGUCUGUCUGUCUGUCUGUCUGUCCACUCACUCAGUCACUAACUGACCGGCCAGGUACUCGAGGUGGUCCAGGCCAAAGUCGAAGUCAUGGUUGCCGAAGCACGCCGUGUGGAUGUUCAUCAUGUUCAAAAAGGGCACCUGUGGACCCACACCACACCACACCACACCACACCACAGACUCAACACCAGUACUGGUGCUUUGGUGUGUGUCGAUGGCUGCAUGGCUGCACUGCAGCGCACCAUGUGUUUGCCCCGUGUGUUGGUGGACAUCAUGGAAGGGUUGAAAACGUCCCCAGAGAAGAAAACCAGCGGCGAGUGGCCCGCUGACCCCACAGACGACUGACGCACACACACACACACACACAGGUGUGAGAGGUGAUGCAAGUGUGUCUGCGUGUGUGUGUGUCUGCGUGUGUGUGUGUCGGCAGGUGUACUGCCCUGCCCUGCCCACCCUGAGUGCCGAUAUGAACCUGGACACCCCUCCGGUGCCGUCCUUGGCGGGCUCGAUGUUGUACACAUCUGACAAGACAAGCAGCACACAUACACACACAGAUGUAUGUGUUGUGUGUAUGUGUGUAUUCUGUUCACUCACACGUGGACGGACACCAUACCAUUGAAGUGGAGUAUGAUGAUGGGGUCUUCCUUGCCAGCCAGGCCGUCAUAGUCCUUGACGUAGUCCUCAUAGUGAGUCAGCACAAACUCCUGGCUCGUCUGCACCUAUGUGUGUGUGUGCAGGAGAGCUGCUGCCUAGAUGCCUGCCAGCCUGUCUUCCACUUUUCCGUGUGCAGCGCUAUGUUAUCGUUGGUUACCUGGACGCCCUGCGUGGACCGAUCAAUGAGGCACUGGCUCUCACGCCGACUGUCGACAAUGCUCCCUAAACACACACACACACAGGCAGGCAGGCAGACUGAUGUGCAGCCAUGCAUCUACUGCUUCCCAGAAGAAUGUGUGUGUGCAUACCAGCCCUGCUGGUGCCCGCGAGGCUCGGCACGGUCCCCACACUCGUGUGUCGGCUCUCCAUCGAUACACUGGACAGCUGGUCUUGCUUGCUGCCAGCAAUGUCAGCUUCCCUGUCCCUCACGCUCUCGUCCUUCAAAGGGUGCUGCUGGCCGCCCUUGUCAACGACCAGCUCGCUGCGCGCAUCCCGAAACGCUGGGCUGGGAGGGGAGGGAAGGGAAGGGACAUCCCCCUCAGCCACGGAGGAAAAAAACACAGGGCGUUUCUGUUGCUGCCGGGUUGGUAUUCGGUGCAGAGGGCCCUUCUUUGCUGCGCUUCUGUCCUCCU